UGAUGCCGUCAGUCACUAAUUUUCGAGCGGUGCCGCGCGGUUGGGUUUCUUUUCUCGUUCAGGUGUAAACAUUGUUAAUUAGCCAUUGUCGGUCGUUAGUGCUUAGUUCUGUUCCGUCCAAUCUCCGUUAUCAGUCGCGUAGUGCUAAUCGCUGUUUUUUGAGUGCACUUGUUCCAUAAAGUAAAGUCAACUUUCCUUUGCGUUUUUUCGGCUAAUCACCUGUAUCAAUAAAUAAUUAAACGUCUUGGGGUUAUCGCUCUGUGCGUGUGUUUUAUUUUUAACAAUAUCAAUUAAUGUGAAUGGCAGCCGCAGUGAAAUCGUAAAAUAAAUGAGAGCUCCCCGGUGCACGGCAAACGGCAAAACUAAUUUAUGGCAUUAAAAAUGCAUAUUUUCUAGCAGUGCGUCGCCAGUUUUUAUCAUUUGCCAGCUGCCAGAAAGAAAACUGCAUAAAGUUGAGAAAGGGGGACAGAGAGGAAAGCGAAUCUAAGACGACACGUUGGUCGAAAAUUGGAUUUGACUGCGGAGGAUUUUGAAUCCGAAUCCGAAAGUUCUUUAGUCAGCAGCAGCAUCCGAAGGAACGCAGGAUAAUUCGCAUUUUUCACCGGGGGACUGGCAACGAAAUGGCUUUCCUAUGUGCACCGCUGGCCAGAGUAAUGACAUGGCGACCAUUGGUGACAUAUCGAUGAUCUCACCGCCCACGUCUUCCAUCUCGAACGAUCAAGAUCCGUUUGGACAGCUGCCACCGCUACCACCGCCACUGCGUUCCACCCAAGUGCUCCAGCCGCUGAGCGUGUUUCCAGUGUCCAAUUUGAGCGAAGAUUCCUACGAUUAUGUUUUUGGUGGUCGACGUAAGACUCCGCCCACAACAACGUCAACACAACUCAAGCUGACCUCACCGCCUGUGCGUUUGCGACCCGAAGACGCCUAUCGCGGAGCUAACAUAAACAACGGAAGGUUCUAUCGUCACUCCUUCAGCUACGCCCCCAAACGGCAGCGCCACUCGAGUCGGGAUGAUCGAGACCGCGAGUCUAGGUUGAGAUGUCAUGGCGAGGACGAGGCCACACUGCGCCAAUUGCUGCUCGAUUUGCAAAAGCAAGUUAGCGUGAUGAGCAUGAAUCUGUCAGCGAAACUCGAUGAGCUGCAGCGGGGAGAUCGACACCUGGAGACGACGGUGGCCCUGUGCGAGAUUCGCACCCAGCUCCAGGAGCUGACCAAGUCCGUGGAGAGCUGCCAGAGUGAAGUGUCUGAGGUGAAGCGCGACAUGGUAGCGAUCAAGCAUGAACUGGACACCGUGCAGCAGGUGAAGGAGGAGAUCGAGGAGCUGCGCGAAUAUGUCGACCGACUGGAGGAGCACACGCACAGACGGAAGCUAAGACUUUUAGAACAAGGUCUCACCUUCUUCCUCACCUACUCGAUAUUCUCGGCGGUGCUGGGCAUGCUGCAGUUCGGCUACAACACCGGAGUGAUCAAUGCGCCCGAAAAGAAUAUCGAGAACUUCAUGAAGGAUGUCUACAAGGAUCGCUACGGCGAGGACAUCAGCGAGGAGUUCAUCCAGCAGCUGUACUCGGUGGCGGUAUCCAUAUUCGCCAUCGGUGGUAUGCUGGGCGGUUUCAGCGGCGGCUGGAUGGCCAACCGCUUUGGCAGAAAAGGCGGCUUACUGUUGAACAAUGUGCUCGGUAUCUCCGGCGCUUGUUUGAUGGGAUUUACCAAAGUUAGUCAUUCCUAUGAAAUGUUAUUCCUUGGCCGAUUUAUAAUUGGUGUUAAUUGCGGCCUCAACACGUCGCUGGUGCCCAUGUACAUCUCGGAGAUAGCGCCACUGAAUCUGCGCGGUGGCUUAGGUACUGUUAAUCAAUUGGCUGUGACUGUAGGUUUACUAUUAUCCCAAGUGCUGGGCAUCGAGCAGAUACUGGGCACCAACGAGGGCUGGCCCAUCCUGUUGGGUCUGGCCAUCUGUCCGGCCAUCCUGCAACUGAUCCUGCUGCCCGUCUGCCCCGAGUCGCCCAGAUAUCUGCUCAUCACCAAGCAGUGGGAGGAGGAGGCGCGCAAAGCCCUGCGACGACUGCGAGCCUCUGGUUCCGUGGAGGAAGACAUCGAGGAGAUGCGUGCCGAGGAGCGUGCCCAGCAGGCCGAGAGCCACAUAUCGACCAUGGAGCUAAUCUGCUCGCCCACCCUGCGUCCUCCGCUGAUCAUUGGCAUUGUGAUGCAGCUUAGCCAGCAGUUCAGCGGCAUCAAUGCCGUCUUCUACUACUCCACGUCGCUCUUUAUGAGCUCGGGAUUGACUGAGGAGAGCGCCAAGUUUGCCACGAUAGGCAUAGGCGCCAUAAUGGUUGUAAUGACCCUGGUGUCCAUUCCCCUCAUGGAUCGUACUGGUCGCCGUACCCUGCAUUUGUACGGUUUGGGCGGAAUGUUCAUCUUCUCCAUCUUCAUCACCAUUUCGUUCCUGAUCAAGGAGUUUUUUGGUUAUGUGCAGGAAAUGAUCGACUGGAUGUCCUACCUCUCGGUGGUGGCCACCCUUGGCUUCGUGGUCUUCUUUGCGGUGGGUCCUGGCAGCAUUCCCUGGAUGAUCACCGCCGAGUUAUUCUCCCAGGGACCCCGGCCGAGUGCCAUGGCCAUAGCAGUGCUGGUCAAUUGGAUGGCCAACUUUGUGGUUGGCAUCGGUUUCCCCAGCAUGAAGACUGCCCUUGAGAACUAUACGUUCUUGCCGUUCAGCGUGUUCCUGGCCAUCUUCUGGAUAUUCACCUACAAGAAGGUGCCCGAGACCAAGAACAAGACCUUCGAGGAGAUCCUGGCCCUCUUCCGGCACAACAACGGCAGGAGUAUGCUAAACUGCACAAAUAGCUUGGAGCCACAAAGUAUGAAUUCUGGCAUCGAGCAUGCCGCCUUGAUGGUAUCUGAGGAGAAGACCCAACAUGACUCACCUGCAUCCGAGCGAUUUUUAGACGGCGGCCGAAGUACACACCAGGGCCGGAGCGCUGCCUCUGCGCCCCAUCACCCUCGUCAGCCUCCACCUGUCUGCCCGAGCAGCGGGCCUUGACUGAGGAGCGCCUCGCCUCCUGACUCUGCCAGUGUUCGUUCCACGAGUCGCGCUGAGGAGCACCAGCAGCUGGGCCACCAUCAGCAACAGCAGCAGCAGCAGCAACUCCUCCAGCAGCAGCAGCAGCAGCAGGUGCACCACCAGUCCCGUAUCCAGUAUCCCACGCACGAAUACGUACACUGUAGCUAUGAGAAGGAAGUCGUAUGUGAUCAAGCCAAUCCCUCGCCAGCACAGCCAUUGCAGCCGCCGCCACCACAGAUGACGCCACAGCCGCCGGCGCCGUCGUCGCAUCACUGCCAGCAACGCAAGCACAGCCACAGCCACAGUCCGCACCACAGUCGCCACACGUCGCCGCAUGCCACCACCACCCACCAUCAGCCACCGCCAACGCACUCGAAUCCCCACCAGCACUCGCACCACAGUCGCCAUCGGCGGCGUCGCCAGGGCAGCGGCAGUCUGCCGGGUGCCCAUGGCCAGGGAGCCAGUCACUCGGCGGUGCGUCCAUCCUCCAUGUGCACCAGUCGCCGUCAUCGCUCUGUCACGGAGUUGUCCUCGCACGCCUGCCAGGAUCCCGCCUGCACGGAUCGCGAGGUGCAGGAGAUCCUAGUGCGUCGCACCUGCUGCAACACGGCCACCAAUAGCUCCUCCCGCACCGAACUCGCCCAAUGCUUCGCCGAGGAUCUCUACGGCUCCUCUUCGCGCAGACCCAGCAGCUGUUGCACCUCCUCGGACUACUGCUACCAGACGGACUCCACGAGUCUGUAUGGGUCGAGGUCCUCGCUGAGUCGCAACAACUCAAUAAAGUCCGCCUCCGCCUUGGUGCGAAAGCAUCACAGGAGUCAGCGGAGUCUGCUGCCGGAGCACCGGCAGCCCAGUUACACCUCCAUUUCGCUGAGGGGCCUCAAUGCCAGUCGCCCCAACAGCCAGUUGGGUUCUUUGACCUCGAUCUUUGAUCGGGCCAAGAACAUGGCCCCCGAGCAGGGAUCCACGCUGGAGAGGCAGAGCUCCAAGGGGGCCCUGAGCAGCACGGAACUGCCGGAGUAUGCCUGCUCGCCUUCACCCAUCCGCUGGAGUUUCCUGGCCGAUGGCAGGUCACCCACUGAACUAGAAGGAACCCUGGGCAGCGCCGGAGGAGGAGGAGCUGCAGAGAGGGAAGAAGAGGAGAAGCUGGAUGCCUGGCAAGUGCCGGAACCAGAGCCCGAGAAGAAGCCCUGCAGGAAGAUCACCAGCACCAGUGAAACCUGCUGGAAGAGCUCCACAUCCGUUUACGAUGAAGGACCCAGCACCUCAGCGGCAGCUGCUCGAAAGCGUCGCGGCAGCAAGGGAAGUCGCGGAAGCAAAGGCAGCGGUAACUACCAUUGCGAGUUCGAGGAGGAGGCCACCACCACGGUGAUGUUUCACCAGGAUGCCGGCGAGGCCUACAACAAUUGCUGCAGCAACAAUUACAACUACAUCCAGUGCAACAGCUACCUGGAUCAGGAUUUGCAGAUUACCAGCGAGGACAUCCACCAGUACCUGUCCAAGGGAGAUGCCACGGCCAGCGAUAUCCUGAACAACUCCAAGAACUAUCCCUUCCAGCCGAGCAAUGCCCUGGAGUUUCAGUACAAGAACAACUUCCAGCAGGGACAGCAGAAUGUGGUGAAUAACAAUACAAACACCACAAAUACCGCCUCCAGUGACGCCGCCGAGUGCUUUCAGAGCUACCACAGGGCCAGCUCCAAGGAGACCAAUCUCAACCAGAGCUCCACGGAGCAGCUUUCGCCCACUAACAUCAAUCUGUCAACGAGCUCCAACAACAUCAACAUAGUGUUUAGCAGCAGCCUGGAGAGGAAUGCCAACGAGGUGAAGUUUAUCAACAACAGGAGUGGCGGUGGAGGAGGAGCAGCUAGCUCCGAAGUGGGCUGUGAGAGUCACCAUACUGGCUACUUGCCCUACACCUAUCCCAGCUAUGAUUACACCAACAUGUCCGGCAACUCGCAUUUUGACAAGCCGCUGGGCAUAGACGAGCUGCCCAAGGAGUUUGCUGGCAUGGAUUUGGGAGCGGGUGGUGGAGCCUCGACAACCAGCGAGCACUCCUCGUCACUGCCUUCGCCACAGCCGUUGACACACCACCAGCAGCUGCAUCACUUUGAGUCCUUUGACGCCGCCUCCGAGCAUAAUUUGCUGGCGCAGCCACUGUCGCCGGGAUCACCGCUUUCGGGUUCCGUGAAUCCCGCCGGCGAUGACUUUGUGCAGAUGCAUCAUUACCAUCACGCUGCCUCCUCGCCGCACUCGCAAUCGCAAUCGCACUCGCACCAUAGCCACGCCCAUGGCCACCAUGCGCACCAUGCCCACUCGCACCACCAGCACAACCACCAGCACACCGCCUACCAUGACCUGGCCCUCACCGAGGAGCAGUUCCGGCUGGGCUCGGCCCUCAAGCGGGUGCGCAAGCGAGCACGCAAGUACACCGACUUUCUGCGCAAAAAGUGA